GGCCCUGGGUGCGUCCUGGCGGUGCAGCCCGGAGCGGGUGCCCAGCAGCAGCCGCCGCAGCCAUGGUGUCCCCGGUCACUGUGGUGAAGAGUGAGGGACCCAAACUGGUACCCUUCUUUAAGGCCACCUGCGUGUAUUUUGUGCUCUGGCUGCCCUCAUCCAGCCCAUCGUGGGUCAGUGCCCUUGUCAAGUGCCUGCCCAUCUUCUGCCUCUGGCUUUUCCUUCUGGCCCAUGGCAUCAGGUUCCUGCUGGCCCACCCCAGUGCCUCCCUCAUCUUCGUGGGGCUCAUCUUCUCUGCUGUGGGCGACGCCUUCCUCAUCUGGCAGGACCACGGCUACUUUGAGUACGGUCUCCUGAUGUUUGCCGUGACGCACAUACUCUAUGCCUCGGCCUUUGGCAUGCGGCCACUGGCUCUCCGGACAGGUCUGGUGAUUGGAGUGCUGUCAGGCCUGUGCUAUGCUCUGCUCUACCCAGGGCUGUCAGGUGCCUUCACCUACUUGGUAGGAAUCUAUGUGGCCCUUAUCAGCUUCAUGGGCUGGAGAGCUAUGGCAGGGUUGCGGCUGGUCGGGGCAGCCUGGCGAUGGACGGAGCUGGCGGCUGGCAGCGGUGCGGUGCUUUUCAUCGUCUCGGACCUGACCAUCGCUCUCAACAAGUUCUGCUUCCCUGUGCCCUACUCUCGGGCGAUCAUUAUGUCCACGUACUAUGCUGCUCAGAUGCUCAUUGCCCUGUCAGCUGUGGAGAGCCGAGAGCCAGCAGAGGACUAUAGACUGAGCAAGGCCAACUGACGGGACUGGAGUCUGCUCACCUUUCUCCCGGGGGAGGCUGGGGCCCAAACUUUGGGAGUGUGCAGGAGCUGGAUAAGCAGGCACCUCCUGGGAGGUGGCGGGCUUGACUGGGUAAGCAGGAGGCGCUCCCAGGAAAGCUGGUAGUCCAGGAUGAUGCUGAGAGCUCAGAGAGGCUGCCUCAUAUUCCUCGCCUAAGUCAAAGUGGACCUCUGGCGCUCCAUCAGGAUGGUCGAAGGCCUCCUGGAAGGUGAUGGUGCUUUUUGACCCCAUCUUUUUUUUUUGCUAGCUGGAAGAGCGAGGCUAUCUCUUAUGCCUAGGACCAAUGGCAACAGCAGGCUUACCCUUUCCCACUUUUUCCUCUUUCAAGAUGAUCCAGGACUUGAGGCUCCUUCCCCGGGUUCCCCGAUGGGAAGAUUGGCUGAAGGUGGGGUCUUGUUUUCCUUUGGCUAGCCUUGUUACUUCCACUGUCUCAGCCUUCAAGUGGUGAACGUCGGAGAAACAGUAGAGGGAACUUCCUCAGUCUGGAAACUCAAAGGUGCCAAGGUUUCAGAAUGGUCCUGUUUCACGGGCCAUCCCAAAGUUCAGGCUUCAACCGUCACCCUCAGACUCUGUCCCCAGGGCUGAGGUGAAGGCUGCCAAAGGAAGGGGCCGGCCUUCAGCUAUGUGUCUUUGUCCUGCGGUCUGUAAAAGAUUUAAAAGGGUGGGCCUCAGAGAGCUCCUGACGGGUGCUUAACCUAGCUCAGACCUGGGGCCUGUCCCCCAGCACAUCAACAACAGUGCUUUCUCCCUGCCCUGAAUGACACUUUGGGGUCUUAAGACCUAAUGCACAGUCAAUGCAAUGGGGGUAAGGAUGGGGUAACUCCACCCUCUACUGCCCACGUGAAAAAUAAAGAAAG